UGAGCAUUUACAGAGAAAAAUGAAAUGUACUGAUGGGUUAAAUCUAGGGAUGUCCCGAUCCCGAGAUCGGAUCGGGACGAUUUUUUGUUUCUUUCGGUGGUCGGAGAUCGGCAAUUAUGACUGACGAGUCUUACAGAUCUCCCAAAAUACAUUUUGAGCGUGUUAGCAUGGACUACUUCUGGGGGAAAAACUCCUGUAGAGGGCUCCUUUUCUUAUGUGAUAGUCUCCCUGUUUACGUUUGGGUUUUCCAAAAGAAGUCAGUCAAAUGGAGGAUGAAUCAAGUGACAGUUUACAUUUCUCAAGAUGUCUGGGACACUUACCGAAAUAUGCCGCUCUCUGAUCAGCUGAGUUAAAAUCCUUCCAGGGAAACCUCAGAGUCUGAUAUGAACUUGUUCUUCCAUGUCUGCGUAAACAAACAUCAGGCUGUCAGUAGUCUCACAGCAGCCGGGUCAGCGCUGAGAGCUCGUCCUUUUUAUUGAGGAGAGAGCGGACAUUUUCCAUAAUCACGAAGGGUAAGUUUUAUGUCUCUGUUCCCUCUCCAGAGCUUAAUUCUGGAGGAAGAACCGAGUUUCCGUGGCGAGAGAGUUGGCGUAAGCAACACCCACAGCUGAUCCACAAAUUUAACACUGUUAGUCGAUAAAUAACUUUGAACUCAUUUUGUGUGUCUUCCAAAACAGCAAAGGUUUCUCUUCCAUGGCUUAGCUCUUCCAGAUGCUCUAAAAACUAAAAAUGAGGACUUCAAGGUACUUUGCUUUGAAACUAUUUUUUUGUCUUUCUGAAUUAUUUUCUUUCUUUUCAGUGUGGUAAGUUGACCUCUCUGGUGUGUUUCAAAACAAUGGCUUUCCUGAGACUACGCGGGGAAUGAUACUUUUUGGCAUUCAAGUGUUUGCCAAGGCGAGUCAAGAAGCAUCUGUCUCAGAUAACUCAACUCUAACCCCUGUGCAUUAUCUCAGAAGCACCACUUCUUUGUUGUUGGUUUAAUGUGACAUUCAUGUGUGACACAUUUAUUGUAUAUUUUUUGCAGUUUUCAAGAGGCAGUGCCUACUUCCUCUGUCCUCCAUCUUUGCCAUCAGUGUUGUGGGUUUGUUGUGAACAUAAACAUAAAAUGAAUACAAAUACCUUUUUAAAACCAGUGACUUGACUUGACUUGCCACCAUUCCUAGAACCUUUUAAAAUCGCACGUCAGAGGUUGACAUUUUUAUCAUCAUAGCAUUUAUUUUGGUUACUUACGAAGAAGUUACCAGAUGAUGGUUUCGAAUGAACUCAACAUGUAGUCGUUGAAAAAGAAGAAGGGAAUUUAUUAAAAGCCUUUUUAUAGUGCAACACAAAAUGAUGCAAUAAGAUCUAAUAAAGAUCUGGGGCAAAAUAUAAGGGGAUGGGUGAUUACUGAAGAAGGAGCAGCUGGGUUGAUGAGCAGAAGGAACAGGACAUGAUGGAGGGACUAUGUCUCAGCUGGCCAGGGAGGAGGAGGUGGCCCAAGGUGGCUGGAGAGAUGGAAGUCUGGGCCUCUCUGCCUAGGCUGCUUCCCCACGACGACCCCGAAUAAUGGAUGGAUGGUUGUGUCUGCUGUGGUGGCCCUCUUAAAUUGGGUUGACUCCAGUCGUUAACGAGCAUCCAGUGAUUGCUUUUUAAGAAUUCAUCCAAUACUCAGACAGGCCAAUCAUGUGGAUUCUGGGAAUUACUCGAUAGAUUCUGUGUUACAGUUGUUAAAUCUGAAGUCAGUCUAGUGUGGUUUUAAAUCUUCACUCUCAGUAAUGCCACUAAAUCCCAUAAAGCUGCUUUGAUACUAACAUGUACCUACACAUAUGCUAAGUAAGGGAAAACACUGCUAGCUGUGUAUUUGUGAGGCCAAACCCAUAGCCGAUGACAUGGCAGGUUUUAAUGACUGUUUGUGGCCCCAAGGCCAGUGUUUAGGUGUGUGUGUGUGUGUGUGUGUGUGUGUGUGUGUGUGUGUGUGUGUGUGUGUGUGUGUGUGUGUGUGUGUGUGUGUGUUUACACGUCAGAACACAAUCUGUGGAAACCAGGUGGGCACAUCAGCAUCUUAGCCACAUUUUUGUCAUUAUGGCAAAAGCACGGAGGGCCCCUGAUAACAUGUGACCGUGCCUUUUGGGUGCAGUCAUCCAUAUUUUGUGUGUCUGGUUGGUUGUCGGGUCACGCACUCAGCAGGGAGUUGAUGAUGAUGUUCAUGGACAGAAGAAAGUGACGAGGUCAGCAGAUAAAACUGAUAAAAUAAAAAGAGGCUAGUGUGUCAAGAAGAUGCAGAAGUUUCAUCCAAGUCUGGGCUGGCUUUUCCUCCUCUGCUGCAUCUGCUCAACUGAAUCCCGACAGCUGAAGUUUGUCGUUGCUGUGUUCCGACAUGGAGAUCGAUCGCCUAUCGAGUCUUACCCCAGGGAUCCACAUGGCGAGGAGGUGUGGGCUCAGGGCUUUGGACAGCUGACUGAGCUGGGUAUGAAACAGCACUUUGAGCUGGGGCGAUUUCUACGGAGACGCUAUGCAAACUUCCUCAGUGAAGAUUAUGACAACAGAGAGGUAUACGCCAGGAGCACUGACUACGACCGCACUCUGAUGAGCGCCCAAGCCUGCCUUGCUGGGAUGUUCCCCCCUGCCAGACGCCCGCCUCCCAUCAUGCCCCAGUUACUGUGGCGUCCCAUUCCAGUGCACACCGUCCCCAGGGCCCAGGACAAGCUGCUGAGAUCUCCAGGAAAAGAGUGUCCGAGGUUCCGAGCUCUGAUGACAGAAACCUUCGAGAGCGCACCUUACCAGAGGUUCCUCAGGGCUCAUCAGAAGUUUGUGGAGGCUCUUUCCAACCACACAGGCUACCCUGUUUCUAGACUGGUUGGUAAAAAAAUCUGGAGGGUGUAUGACACGCUCACCUGUCAGAGGAUCCAUAACUUGACUCUCCCACGCUGGGCCACCCUGGACGUCCUGGACACCCUGAGGAGAAUUGCAUCAUUUGAGGUCACAUACAGCAUCCUCGGUCACAAGAGGAAAGAGAAGGCCAGGCUCUCCGGAGGGGUCUUGCUAAACAACAUACUGAGGAAUUUCACUGAUGCUAUGGAGCAAAGUCGCCCUCUGAAGAUCAUCAUGUACUCCGCUCAUGACUCCACGCUCAUCACCCUGCAGGCAGCUCUGGACGUGUACAACGGCCUCCUUCCUCCCUACGCCGCCUGUCAGCUUUUUGAAUUCUACCAGGAGUAUGAUGGAUCCUAUUCAGUGGAGCUGCAUUAUCGCAACGAGUCCUGGCGCGACCCCCACCCCAACCCCGUGCCAGGAUGCGUCGGGCUAAACCCCUGCCCUUUGUCCAUGCUCAACGAGCUACUGAGGGACGUGAUGCCGCAGGACUGGGAGGUUGACUGUGGCUUCAGGACCAAGUGGUCAAGCACAGGUAUCAUAACAGCUCUUGCAGUGGCGGUGGGACUCCUGGCAGUGGCGCUGUUGUUCAGUAUAGGGGUGGCAGUCCACAGAAGGAGAGCUUACUACUCUAGAGAAGUUUAACACAGCUGCCCCCCCCCCC